AUGACAGCAGCAACUCAAUACUGCAACCAAGAUGGCAAGGAAGACUUCGGCGAUUUUGUACGCAAUGAAGACGAGGAAAUGGACUUGGAAGAGGUUGCCGAGCCCUGGGAAAGAUAUGAUAAAACGAGGACCUCAGAUGUCUUCUAUCCCAUCCGCCUUGGAGACCUGAUCAAUGAGAGGUACCUGGUAGAGCAUAAGCUUGGAGCCGGCGGCUUCUCGACCGUCUGGAUGGCCAAUGACCAACAAAAUAGCAGGGACGUUGCCCUCAAGAUCAUGUUUGCAGGAGAAUCAGGUGAAAGUGAAAUCCGCCUGCAGGACGAAAUCAUUCGGAAUGUGCGUGAUGCCUCCUCUCAUUUUGUGACGUACCUGGAAACCUUUCUACUUCCGGGAGAUGGAUGUCACCAUACGGUUCAAGUAUUUCCUUUAAUGGGCCCAUGUCUUUACUGUCCGAACGUGAUAAACAUGUCCAUGACUACUCGCAUGUCCGCUGCUCUGCAAUUGCUAGAGGCGUUGGAGAGUUUACACAAGGCCGGGAUAGUCCACCGUGAUUUGAAUGAGAGAAAUUGUAUGUGGGGAAUGCAACCCCUCCACCAUCUACCCAGGAGUGCUAAAUACAAGGCAUUGGGCCGGCCAUUGAAGCAAAUGAUACCGGUGGACGAUCUCUGGAAGGAAGGGGAGCUCGUUGGACCUGCUAAUAUCCCCCAAAGCCUACAAACCCAAAAAUUCUAUUUCGGCGACUUUGGUCUGGCAAAGAAACUGAGCGAUCCCGUGACUCCACGUGGCUAUCCACCAUUACAAUAUUGCUCCCCGGACCGCCUGCAUAGACAAGAUCCCAGUCCUGCCUGCGACAUGUGGAGUUACAUGAUCCUCUUUUCGGAACUUUACCUUGGCAACGUGCCUUUUUCUACGUUUUUCAAUGGUGGAAUUAUUGGUGGUUUCGUGUUGUCUUUAGGUCCUCUGCCCGAGGAGUGGAAGGGACGAUAUACUCAUCCCGCGAGCCGUGAUUCCUGGUAUGAUAACCAGAAUCAAACUACACCCGAUCCCAAAUGGAAUCUUGAGUCAAGAAUUGCAAGUUUUCGUCACGACGCUGACCUAGUGGAGCGGAGCCAUGUGCUUUCUAUUAUGUCUCGUGUGUUUACUUAUGACCCGGCGAAACGUCUGACCGCAACUCAGCUUCUGCAGGACCCUUCGUUUAGAGCUAUUAUGGACAAUCAUGGCUGUUGA